AUGUCGUCUAAACCUGAACAUCCCACUCAAAAGCCAUUACUUUUCGCUCCUGAAACUUAUCAAUAUACUAAAGGACAUUUAAAUAUUGAAGAUGUUGAUUUAGAUCCUUUAAAUCAAUUCAAUAGAUGGUUUAAACAAGCUCAAGAAACUUUACCAAAAGAUUCAGAUAUUAUUCCUGAAUCUACUAAUUUUUCUACAGCUAGAUUACCUUCUGGAAGGGUAUCAUCAAGAAUUGUAUUAUUGAAAGAAUUAGAUCAAUAUGGAUUUAUUGUUUAUUCUAAUUGGGGAAGCUCCAAAAAAGCUGCUGAUUUUGAAUCCAAUAAGUAUGCUUCAUUAACUUUCUUUUGGCCUCAUAUUCAAAGACAAGUUAGAGUCGAAGGAUUAAUGGAACCAGUAACAAGAGAAACUUCUAUUAGAUAUUUUAAUACAAGACCAAGAGGUUCUAAAAUUGGUGCUUGGGCUUCACCACAAUCGUCAGUUAUACAAUCAAGAGAUGAUUUAGAUGAAAUAAACACUGAAUAUACUAGUAAAUUUAAAGAAUUAAAAGAUGAUGAGAUUCCAUGCCCUGAUCAUUGGGGUGGAGUAAGAAUCUUACCUUUAGAAAUAGAAUUUUGGCAAGGAGGUGUUAGUAGAUUACAUGAUCGUAUUACUUACACUAGAGAUUCUACUGAUGAAAAUUUAUGGAAAAUCAAGAGAUUAGCUCCAUAA